UGCCUGCCGGGGCUCAUAGACUCGCUGAUGAUGCAGCUGGUGUCUUUGGAAACAGGCUAAUAACUUUUUUUCGUAUCCUGGACGCAGUAUGCAUUUCUUGCGAUGUACUUAUGCUUUUUUUCUGGGGGAGUAAACGCUUUUACGCUUUAAGGUACAUUUUUUUUUCUCCCCCAGCAAGCAUAAUGCAGGUUUAACGCGCCGUUGAAAGCCGCUCCAUUAACUUCCUGCGGGCUUUAGGACCACGUAGAGAAAUUCAUAAGGAGCCAGUGUUGUGUGCUUUUCACAUAGCGGCACUCUGAAGGAAACCCCCCAUCGGACCUGCUAUUACAGGAUACUCAUGAAAUGUACAGAGAUCUGGCUCCUUCCGCGCUGCAGCCCUGCCUGCGACCGCACAUGUGCAUGUGGGGAUGUUGAGCGGCGACGGCACGUUUGGAGGAUCCUUGAUCAACAGCUCCUGUCAUAGAGGAGGCGGACUUCUUUGAUGUUUAAUCUCGCCCUUCAGUCUCUCUCUCCGUUUAGUCUUUCUCUCUCAUUUUGUAUUUUGUCUUUAAUAGUUAUAUUUUUCGCAUUUCUGGAUCACGUUUAUUUGAAGGAAGCUUGGCAGUUUGUCUGGCACCUCACAUCGGAGAAAACCUAAACAAUUUUUUUGGAUUAAACUCACUUUUGGACAACUUGGUUGUUGCUUGAAUGGGAUACCUGGAUGAAAUAUCAUUUACACCCCACAUACUUAAAUCAGACGGAACCAUUCUUUGUGCUGAUCCGGCGUUUUGAUGACCGUAUGUUUUCUUAUUGACUGACACCCAAUCGGACAGUAUAGAAAGCUCAUUAUAGGACUUUCGGGCAGUUGAAAGAUGAAAGUGCCUACCCCAUUCCUGAUCUUGCUGUCUGCCGUGGUCACCAGGAGCUUGAAGGUGGUCUCCAAACGAGGAUCAGUGGACGGCUGCACGGACUGGUCGGUCGACUACCUGAAGUACAAAGUGCUCCUUGGGGAGCCGGUGCGGAUUAAGUGUGCCCUGUUUUACGGAUACAUCCGUGCAAACUACACUCACGCACAGAGCGCGGGACUCAGCCUGAUGUGGUAUAAAAGCACAGGCCACGGGGACUUUGAGGAACCCAUCUCGUUCGAUGGCCUGCGCAUGAGUAAGGAGGAGGACGCCAUAUGGUUUCGACCCACGGAAUUACAGGAUGUCGGACUUUAUUCCUGUGUUCUACGAAAUUCCUCAUACUGCAUGAAGGUGUCAAUGUCUCUGACCGUGGCGGAGAAUGACUCAGACCUCUGUUACAACUCCAGAAUGAGGUACUUUGAGAAAGCUGAGUUAAGUAAAAGCAAAGAAAUCUCCUGCCCUGACAUUGAGGACUACGUACAGCCGGGGAAGGACCCAGAGAUCAUUUGGUACAAGGAAUGCAGGCCAAAGCAAUGGAGGCAAAGUAUCGUGAACAGAAAGGAUACGCUGUCGAUCCAGGAUGUGCGAGAAGAUGACAUAGGAAAUUACACGUGUGAAUUACAGUUCGGGGCAUUUGUGGUGCGACGGACCACUGAGCUGCUGGUCACAG